AUGGAUGCUGUCAACGCCUCCUCUCACCGGGCCUUCAUUGCUCUGGGGAGUAAUGUAGGAGACCGGAUCGAAAUGAUAGAAAGCGCACUUCUUGAAAUGGAGAGGGCAAAUAUCAAAGUCAAAAGAACAAGCUCACUGUUUGAGACCGAGCCCAUGUAUGUCCUCGAUCAGGAUCCUUUCAUUAAUGGGGUCUGCGAAGUUGAAACCAGCUUAGCUCCCAUUGAGCUGCUUAAUACUCUUCAGUCUAUUGAGAUUGAGCUGGGGAGGAAGAAACUGAUCGAGAAAGGCCCGCGGUCUAUUGAUCUCGAUAUUCUUUUGUACGACCAAGAGGUUUUUUCCCAUGAACGUCUCAACAUCCCUCACAACCUUAUGCUAGAACGAGACUUUGUUCUACGGCCGCUUUGCCAACUGAUCCCUCACGAACGAUCUCCUCUUCCUGGGCAGAACCUGACGUACCUCUCUCACCUCAAGUCACUUCCUCCACCAGUCCCAACACCUGUGGCCACGACCCACAUCUCGUCCUCGUUCAAGUCGUUACAUUCCACCGACCCCCAACGUCCAACUCACAUCAUGGCCAUUCUAAACCUGACUCCCGAUUCCUUCUCUGACGGCGGUGUUCAUUCCCCAACCGACCUUUCCAACCUCACUGCCACCGUUCGUAAGUUCAUCGAGUCCGGAGCAACCAUCAUUGACAUCGGCGGCGAGAGCACUCGCCCAGGAUCAGCCCCCGUGGGCGAGGCCGAAGAGCUCGCUCGAGUUAUCCCCGCCAUCAAACACAUUCGCACCUCCAUCCCCGAAGCCGCAAACAUAGCCAUCAGUAUCGACACAUAUCGUGCUCGGGUUGCGGAAGAAGCCUGUGCAGCCGGCGCAGACAUCAUCAACGAUGUCUCCGCCGGCUCGCUUGACCCAGACAUGCUCUCCACCAUGGCCCGGACUGGAAAAUCCGUCAUCUUGAUGCACAUGCGGGGCACCCCCUCAACCAUGACCAAACUGACAGACUACCCGAACGGCGUCAUAGCCGACGUCGGCUCGGAGCUUCUCGAGCGCAUCUCGGCCGCCGAAGCUGCAGGGAUUCGUCGCUGGCGUAUCAUCCUUGACCCGGGCCUCGGCUUCGCAAAGAACCAAAGCCAUGAUCUGACCAUCCUGCGAGACUUGCAGAAACUCCGCACUGGUGUCGAAGGGCUGGAUAAUUUCCCUUGGCUUAUGGGGCCUAGUCGCAAGAGGUUCAUUGGUCGUCUCACGGGAGUAGAUAAAGCAAGUGACCGUGGCUGGGGCACUGCGGCAACAGUAACCGCUAGUGUCGCCGGCGGUGCGGACAUUGUUCGUGUUCACGAUGUCAAGGAGAUGUGGCAGGCGUCCAGAGUGGCGGAUGCGAUUUACCGAGUAGAAGAAUCAUAA